UCUCCCCAGGUGAUCAUCCUGAACCACCCGGGGCAGAUCUCUGCGGGAUACGCCCCGGUCGUGGACUGCCACACGGCGCACAUCGCGUGCAAGUUCUCAGAGCUGCGCGAGAAGAUCGACCGCCGCUCCGGCAAGAAGCUGGAGGAGCUCCCCAAGAGCCUCAAGAGCGGCGACGCCGCCAUCAUCGUCAUGGUGCCCGGCAAGCCCAUGUGCGUGGAGAGCUUCGCCAAGUACCCUCCACUCGGGCGCUUUGCGGUGCGCGACAUGAGGCAGACGGUGGCCGUGGGGGUGAUCAAGCAGGUGGAGAAGAAGGCCCCUUCGCAGGGCAAAGUCACCAAGUCGGCACAGAAGGUGCAGAAGGCAAAGUGAGAAGACGCUGGGGUGGUGGUGGCGGUGGUGGUGGCGGUGGUGGAUGUUGUGGAGGUUGUUGUGGCGGGUGAUGGCGGUGGUGGUGGUGGUGGCGAGAGUGGGAUCAUCAGCAACAUCAGCAGCAUCGCAAUGGGUGCAUUAACUACGCAGAUGCACCAUCACCUUCACCAUCAUCAACAUCAUCACCAUCACGACCACCAUCACCACCACCAACAUCAUCACCAUCACGACCACCAUCACCACCAUCACCACCAUCACCAUCACCACCACCAUCACUACCAUCACGACCACCAUCACCACCACCAACAUCAUCACCAACAUCUUUCACCGCUGUUAUUAAAGACGUUAUAAUGGAAAGAA